ACAUCAGUACGUUGGAAUAGACAUUUUGGCGUCUCGGCGCAGUGCUAAUUUAUUUGUAUGCAUUAUUCUUGGACGUUUUUUAAUGUUUAUUUAUAAGUUCUCUAAAUCCAAACGAGUGUGAGUGUGGGAGAAGGCCUUUAAUUAUGGCUGAGUAUCUCGCCUCAAUUUUCGGUACCGAAAAAGAUAAAGUUAACUGUUCCUUUUACUUCAAAAUCGGAGCUUGCCGUCACGGCGAUAGGUGUUCACGUAUUCACAAUAAGCCGACAUUCAGUCAGACAUGUUUGCUCCAAAAUCUUUAUGUUAAUCCACAAAAUUCAGCAAAAAGUGCCGAUGGAUCUCAUUUGGUUGCCAACGUGAGUGAUGAAGAAAUGCAAGAGCAUUAUGAUAAUUUUUUCGAGGAUGUAUUUGUCGAGUGCGAAGAUAAGUAUGGAGAAAUCGAAGAAAUGAAUGUAUGUGAUAAUCUGGGUGAUCAUUUGGUUGGUAAUGUUUAUAUUAAAUUCCGGCGUGAAGAGGAUGCUGAAAAAGCUGUAAGUAAUUUAAACAACCGGUGGUUUGGAGGCCGACCCGUUUACGCAGAAUUAUCUCCAGUUACUGAUUUUCGAGAGGCCUGCUGCCGUCAAUAUGAAAUGGGCGAAUGCACCAGGUCAGGGUUCUGCAAUUUCAUGCACUUGAAACCGAUUUCACGAGAACUGAGACGAUACUUAUACAGUCGCAGGAAAGGUGGAAAAGGUCGAUCGCGAUCACGUUCAAAAUCGCGAGGUCGGGAGCGAAAACGGAGGUCACGAUCGCGAGAGCGACGAUCACGAUCGAAGGAAAGACGCAAAGGAGGCAGGGAUGAAAAGAGCAGAGAUGGACGUUCUGGGAGAUAUUAAGCUCAAUAAUUGGUUUGAUGAUUUUUUUCAAUUGUAUAGAUGCAUAGAUUUAUAAUUGGGAUUAAUUGUGUACUGAUAAAAAUAUUUUUUUUCUUUUUAUUGUGAUGGAUUAUAUCAUAAUUAUUGUAAUACCUGAUUAUUAAUAA